AUGUCGGCGCCGUCGCCACUCUGGUGCAGCGCAUCUGCCUCGUCCUACGCGCAGGGUCACGAUGAGGUGCCAAGCCUCACCACCGUGUCGUCGGAGUGGCGGACCUCCUUAGACUUUGCACAACAGCUGGACACCGUGGCAGAGAAGGAGCUGCAUGCGCUGUGGUCGAAGCUGUGGGCCGCAACUCACAGCGAAGCCGCGCUGCAGACUGCUCUGGGGAGUAGACGAACGCAGUGGAACCCGUAUCGCCCCGCUCGUGGGGGGCCAGAGGUGAAGGCGGAGAUAUUGAACAGCGAAGUGGUUGAGUUCCAGACUAUGGUGCCGACAGACAGCCUGUAUCUUCACGGCGUCGCCGUGCAACCAUCGGCCUCGUUGCCUGCAGGCUCCGCGUCCCGGCCAGACUCAAGCUUCAGGGUCAGCAGCUCAGUGAUAUCCCCAGGCUCGCCACGCGGCACUAGAGGGAAGCGGAAGGUGAUGACAAGCAACGGAGAUGCAGCGGAGGAGAAGCUGGUGAUGGACGGACCUUCUGCUGUGCCCUUCCGGCUACAGUCUAUGUCCACCACCUUGCCCACUCGCGACUCGCCCGAGACGGCGCUGCACGACUCUUCUUGGUGGGCGGUGCGCCCGGCAGAGAGUGAGGCGGCGCUGUUUUAUUACGUUUGGGAGGCCGUCGUCGUACCGUACUACGCAUCCAUGCCUACCGCCUUCUUUUACGCCGUGCGGUACGGCGAAAGUGCAGCGACGCAGCCCAGCGACUCCUGGAUGUCCCUCGUGCCGCGGCAUGAGGAGCAGGACGAUAAGGAGGUGAGCGGCAUCGUCACCGCUUUUGGAACCACGCACGAAGGGGACCAGAAGUGGAGCUACGAGACACGCUUGCGCUCAUCGUCUCCAUCGUUAGCGAGCGUGUCGUUGAUGCAGAAGCGCGACGCUUCCAAUGCUGGUGAGGCACGGGCUUCACUCAUGGCGACAAGACGCGCGCAGCGCCGGGAAAGCGGUGGUGUUUCUCACGUCAUGGCAUCGUGUGGGGUUGACAUCGUCUCAGACGACUCCCUCGAGGCGGAGGUUCUGGAGGAGUGCAAGGGCAGCAGCCCUCUAUCGCGCCAACACAGCGCAUUGUUGGAGGGGAAAGGAAGCAGCGAUAACAACGCUGGAACACCCACCCCGGAAGGAACCCUACCCGAGCGCAACUCUCGACAUAGCCAGCGUCCUUCCACAGCCUGCGUGCAUGGCUUCACCACUACACCGAUGGAAGUGGAGAUAAUUGCCGAUAAGCUGCCACCAGGAUUGACCGAUGCGUCGGCUUCGAGGACGCAGCAGCGUGCAGCGACUGCCUGCUCUAAGAGUGUGUCGAUUGCUGGCACGUUGUCUGCGCUUCGCAGUGGCGGUGCGGUCGCCUCUGCUUCUAUGGAAGACGUACUCCCACUCCCUGGAAAAGCAUCAGGCCGGAAGGCGGAACCGCUUUUCCACAUCACUGCAAAGUUGUCAGAGAACGCGCCAAUGACUACGUUGCUGUCGCCGCCGCGCGUGGCGGCGGGCCAAGGACUUCCUCGAGUACAACAGGAAGGCACUGAAGGGGAAUGUGCCGCCUUAGCUGUUGUUGUUGUGGCAGCGGAAAACGAACGGAGGCUGCAGCAGCGAGCCCCCCCGCCUUCAGAGAUUAGCAAGGCGCAAGGUAGCCGCACUACCGCGAUUGCCACGCGAAGAAAGGCCUCCUCAGUAACGCGCAGCACGUCACGCACUGCUUCUGCAAUGCGCCGAUCGAAUGGGGAUCGGUCGACGAUGCCGCCAACGACCGGCUCAAACGCGUCUGCUCAGCAUCCGUUGCAGCUGCUCGAUCGGCACAGCCGGUGCCCUCUUCGUUCACCGAUGCAGCAGCGCAUUCCAUCGCCAAUUUUCAAAGCAACACGGGAGAGUGGGAGAGGUAAGAGCGUGAUGACAGAGCUGGCGUCCCCUGAGCUGUGGUCUUCGCACCCCCAGCGGGGUGGCAUCUUGUCCCCCAUGCAGCUGCCUUUCCGCAACAAGCAGCAACGACACGCUGGACGACUGAAGAAAGAGGUGGUGCCGGAGAGGCGCUCUCCGGAAGGGUUCGACCUCUCAGAAAAGAUGACAUCCAAUUCACGGCCGCUGCCCCUGCACGAAUUGGCCGUGCAUUCAGCAUCUGCAAAGAGGCAACGACCGUCGGCGCUGAAUUCCCGAGGGGUGACGAACCCCACUGUCUCCCUCGCCAUGCGCAACUCGUCGAUUGGCGCUCGUCGACCAGGCGAGGUGCCGCAGCGGUUGACGUCUAAGGUGAAGGGCGUCCCAACGGUGGCGCAGCGACCCACCACUGUCCACCGCUAA